AACAGCGAGUACAUGAGGAAUGGAGACUUCUUACCCACUCGCCUGCAAGCCCAGCAAGAUGCCGUCAACAUUGUGUGCCACUCGAAAACCCGCAGUAACCCCGAGAACAACGUGGGGCUCAUCACCUUAGCCAAUAACUGUGAAGUGUUGACCACGCUCACUCCAGACACGGGCCGGAUCCUUUCAAAGCUACACACGGUGCAACCCAAAGGGAAAAUUACCUUUUGCACAGGGAUCAGAGUUGCUCACCUGGCUUUGAAACAUCGCCAAGGCAAGAACCACAAGAUGCGAAUCAUCGCCUUUGUUGGGAGCCCUGUAGAAGACAACGAGAAAGAUCUGGUGAAGCUGGCAAAGCGUCUUAAGAAAGAGAAAGUCAACGUUGACAUCAUCAAUUUUGGAGAAGAGGAAGCCAACACGGACAAGCUGACUGCCUUCAUUAACACGUUGAACGGCAAGGAUGGCACCGGCUCCCACCUGGUGACGGUGCCGCCGGGGCCGAGCCUGGCCGAUGCCCUCAUCAGCUCCCCCAUCCUGGCCGGGGAGGGAGGGGCCAUGCUGGGCCUCGGCGCCAGCGACUUCGAGUUCGGCGUGGACCCCAGCGCGGACCCGGAGCUGGCUCUGGCUCUGCGCGUCUCCAUGGAGGAGCAGAGGCAGCGGCAAGAGGAGGAGGCCAGGAGGGCUGCGGCCGCCUCUGCGGCUGAGGCUGGCAUCGCGGCCACUGGCGGGGACGAUUCGGACGAUGCUCUGCUGAAGAUGACGAUAACUCAGCAGGAGUUCGGCCGGGCCGGGCUGCCCGACCUCAGCAGCAUGACGGAGGAGGAGCAGAUCGCCUACGCCAUGCAGAUGUCGCUGCAGGGAGCGGAGUUCGCCCAGGCGGAGGCGGCAGAAGUGGACAGCAGCACGGCCAUGGAUACCUCCGAACCCGCUAAGGAGGAGGACGACUACGACGUGAUGCAGGACCCCGAGUUCCUGCAGAGCGUGCUGGAGAACCUGCCGGGCGUGGACCCCAACAACGAGGCCAUCCGCAACGCCAUGGGCUCCCUGGCCUCGCAGGCCGCCAAGGAGAGCAAGGACAAGAAGGAGGAGGAGAAGAAGUGAGGGGGCCGGGGCCGGGGCUCGCUGCCGCGG